GAGUCACCUGUUUACACACGCAGGUCUGAGAAGCUAUAUAAAUGUCCCCAGCGUCCGGCGGGACUCAGCCGGUCGGCCGUCCGUCCAGAGGAGACAUUGGGGACAACAGCCAUGCGGCUGACCGUGCUGUGCGCCCUGUGUCUGCUGCCCAGCGCGCUGGCCUUGCCGCUCCCCCGGGAGGCAGGGGGCAUGAGUGAGCCACAGUGGAGACAGGCUCAGGACUAUCUCAGGAGGUUUUAUCCGUCCAACUCAGAAACGAGGGAGGCCGACAGCUUCGAAGCCAGACUCAAGCGGAUGCAGACUUUCUUCCGCCUGCCCGUGACGGGGGUCCUGACCCCCCGCCUGGUGGAAAUAAUGCAGAAGCCCAGGUGUGGGGUCCCCGACGUCGCCGACUACUCCCUCUUCCCAGCCCAGCCGAAGUGGAAUUCCCGAGUCGUCACCUACAGGGUCAUAUCGUACACGCGAGACCUGCCGCGGGUCACCGUCAAUCAACUCGUGGCAAAGGCUUUGGCCUUGUGGAGCAGGGAGAUCCCGCUGUCCUUCCGGAGAGUGUUAGCGGGCACGGCGGACAUCAUGCUCGGCUUUGCAAGAGGAGCUCACGGGGACUACUACCCAUUUGAUGGACCGGGAAACACCCUGGCCCAUGCUUUCGCGCCCGGGCCGGGUCUGGGCGGGGACGCACACUUUGAUGAGGACGAGCGCUGGACGGACGGCAGCAGACUAGGAGUUAACUUCCUGGUCACCGCGACCCACGAACUUGGCCACUCUUUGGGCCUCGGUCACUCGUCUGAUCCCAAUGCCGUGAUGUAUCCAACCUACAGAGUCGGAGAGUCCAAGAAUUUCAGACUUUCACCGGAUGACAUCAAAGGAAUCCAGAAGUUAUAUGGAGAGAAGAGCAAUUUGAGGAAGAAUUAGGAACGUGGGGAAGAGUGGACGUUCAUUCCGUGGUCCCGUGGCUGCUCCCCAGCCGGAGCGAACGCACAUGGUCCCCGAGCUCCGUUCGGCCCCUCGUUCGGCCCUCCCCGUGUCCUGGCUAGUUUCCACCGCCUCGCUCUCCUGGGGAAAAGCACGAGAGCCUCCUUCCUCCAUGACUUUCCUCAAGAGCUUGCACUUGGUCAGUGGUAAUAAAUGUUAAAUACACAGAUAAAUAAAGUUUUUACUCUACGCAGAAGGAUUUCUAUCGGGAAGGACUGGGUCUGUGCAAAUGAAGUCCAAGUCCAGACAAACAAAGGAAGACCUCCAGGUUGUUUCGGGUCUUCAGCUGCACCCGUCCUGUCCCCGGGCGGGCAAGGAGCGAGUUCUCUCCAUCGGCACAGCCCAAAGGUGCCCAAGAUCCCCUUUUCCUCCUGGCCCAGGCUUUCCUCCGAGUCUUCUGGGAAGCCCGGUUCUUCCCACAACAGGCAUGUGAAUUCCCAAGAUUUUACAUUCCCACACUUGUGGUUGAGUCCGGGCCUGAUGUCACUGCAUCUCCCUGACCCACACACUGGGUUCCCUGUCCUUGGCCCAGGGCCACCCCAGACGUCAGUCCUACCCUCCUGUCUUUAACUGUCUCCCAGCUCGUCCCACAAGGCCCUGCUGAAGACCUGCUCGGCCGCGGCAUUACACGUUGUUCAAGGAAACAGCGUGACCCGCAUCGCUCCACUCCUCCCCUGCCCCAGCAGCACGGAUUUGUCACUGGCUGCCUGCCUGCCCCAGCCCCGCACUCCUAUCCCCACGUCUACACCCCAUUCCUUCUCACUUCUCCCAGAAACCCAUUUUCCUGACGUCCACACAGCUCUUUCUGCCCCGAGAGACUCGCUAAUGCGUUUCUGUGGAGAAGAGCGUUGGGUAGAAGGAAUCAGCGAGCUUGAACACAAGGCAGUGGAAAUUAUCAAAGCUCAGGGAGAAAGGAAAAGGGUCAAAGAAAAGUGAAUGGAACCUAACGUGCUGUGGGACGGCAUCAGGCACGCUGCGGUGUGAACGCCGAUAACAAGGGAGGAGGUUCUGGGCGUGAAGGAUGGGGGGGGGGGUGUCUGUGGAAAACGUCCGUACCUUCCCCUUUCAGUUUCACUGUUUCAGUUUCACUGUGAACUUAAAACUUCCCUAAAAAAUAAAGUCUUAAUUUUAGAA